CAAUACUGGACAACAAUGAGCGUGACCGAGGGUAGGAAGGUGUGACGUGUCAGCGCUCCGGACGUCACGCGGCGGACGCGUUGUGAUCUGCGCGGCGCGUCCGACGCGGUUGCGGCGCCUCGAGUCUGUAGGCCACGUCCAGCCUGCAGUCUUGCUCUCGUCCCACACAAGUUUGACCGUGCCACUAUACAUCAUGUCCUCAUUACGACGUCUCGCGCAAACGAACAAUGCCAAUGUAGCAGCAUCUCCACGACAGCAUGCCUCUGCUUCCUCGCAAGCCUCGCCGACCACACCUGUCCGCACGCCCCAGCGUACGCGUAUUGUCUACGGCAACUCCCCAGUGACAUCGCCAUCAAUAUCUGCUUCGACUCCUUUUGACUGGGAAGCCGCAAGGUCGUACAAGCCGCCACCAUACGCGACGCCUCUCGCGAAUAGGCGGCUGCGAGGCUUGCGCCAGGGUGAUGUUGGCAGUCCCGCCACUGGAUCACCGGGGUACGGCACCCCCAACGCUAAGAGGAGAGAACGAGUAGUUCGGAAGAAAAGUCUUGUUGAGAAGAUCACAUCUAUCCCUUCGUGGAUUGCCUUCGAGAUUUCGCUAUUUCCCGACAACCUCCCAAGACCAAAACCUAAAACGUCUGCACAGCUAAUUGGUGGUCUGUUUCACUUUGUACACUUCUGCGUGCGUGUGUCGCGCAUACGGGAGGUGCCCGACUCCGAUCUCGGUUGGGAAGAUAUGUAUAGAGAGGGGGAAGGAGACCCCUGGUUCGACUGGACGGUACCAGCGAGCAUACUCCUCUUCGCCGCCGCUAUCCUGAACACGUUGUAUCUCUUCACGCGCACAAGGCUAUACAACCUCACGCUAGCCACCGACCCCGUAUCUUCCCCGCAUGCCACCUUCGUAUCCCGUCCACGGAGUGUACGCACCCCAUCCGAGACCAACACAGAAAGGCAGCCCAGCCGGGUGGGCCCUCUGCUGCGGACCGUGCUAGGUCAUCUAUGGCGUGGCUUCGUGAUCUCUGUACGAUUCCUUCUCAACCUCAGCCCCCCGAAGGACCGCCAGAAGAUGCUGAGUGGCACCGAUGACACCGAGCGUAUUCAGCAGCUGGAGGUGUGGGUCCCGGGACCUCUGGAGAGCAACCUGUUCGCUAUCUACUCUCCUGUGCAUGCGCUCCUCUGGACGGCCUGGACUAGUGCGAACUGGAUGUUGAUAUUCUGCGUCAUGGGCGCGGUCAGUGUACAACUGAGUAUGACGACGAGGGCAUACGACGCGUUGAUCAAGGACAAAGCGAUCAUCGCGGCAGAGGUCCUGCAUGAAUAUGAUGAGAAGUUCGUCUACCCGCGUGUAAACCCCAUCCGCAAGGACGCUGCUGUCAUGACUCACGAAUCGGAAGUUGUUGAUAUAUGGGAAGAUAGACCAAGAGGUCGUCGCUGAAUUGGCAGCCGCUGCUCUCCAUUGCAUUCCUACUCUGCUGUACAUAGUCUGCCGCACAUUGCGUUGACCUUGCAUCGUCUAGUAGUAUUUAUCUGAGAUCAAAGACACGAUGGCGCACGGUCAUG